CUUGGUUCCUCUUUGAAGACAACCCUGAUUCAUACUUGGUUUGGGGACAACUCCACUUCAUGUCUGGAGAGGAUUCUCCUUCUGCUUGAGGAGACACCACAAUCUGCUUGAAGACUACUUGGCCUCCAAUUGAGAAGACAUCUGCCCUUGGUUCUGUUUUGGAGACAACCCUGAUUCAUACUUGGUUUAGGGAGAGCUCUGCUUCAUAUUUGGAGAGGACUCUGCUUCCCGUUUGAGGAGACAUCUGAAAUCUGCUUGAGGACAACUUGACCUUCAGUUGAGGAGACAUCUGCCCUUGGUUCCUCUUUGGAGAUAACUCUGAUUCAUGUUUUGUUUGGGGAGAACUCUACUUCAUAUUUGGAGAUGAUUCUCCUGUUUGAGGAGACCCUGCAAUCCUCUUAAAGUUACUUGGCUUCCAAUUGAGAAGACAUCUGUCCCUGGUUCCUCUUGGGAGACAAAACUGUUUCUUACUUGGUUUGGGACAACUCCAUAUUUGGAGAGGAUUCUCCUUCUGCUUGAGGAGACACCACAAUCCGCUUGAAGACUACUUGACAUCCAAUUGAGGAGACAUCUGCCCUUGGUUCCUCUUUGAAGACAACCCUGAUUCAUGCUUUGUUUGGGGACAACUCCACUUCAUAUUUGGAGAGGAAACACUGCAAUCCGCUGUUGAGGAGACAUCUACCAUUUGGUUCCUCCUUUCUGGAGACAACCCUGCUCCAUCUUUGCUUUGAGGAGACAUCUGUCCUGUUCUCCCUUUUUGGAGGUGUUGGCCAGCUCCCCGCCAUGAUGUCCCUGAGCGAGGCCCCUCAGACCCAGCUGUUCCCCUUUGAGCGCAUCGUUGUCCUUCUCUCCUGCGCCCUCUCCUUCCUGGGCUCGGGGCUUCUGGUGGGCACCCAUGCUUUGUGGCCUGAGCUGCGGACCCGGCCGCGCCAGCUGCUCCUCUACCUCUCCCUGGCCGACCUCCUCUCGGCCGCCUCCUACUUCUAUGGGGUGCUGAUGGACUUUGGCUCCUCCUCGUGGGAUUGCGUGGCCCAGGGGGCCCUCUCCACCUUCGCCAACACCAGCUCCUUCUUCUGGACCAUGGCCGUGGCCCUCUACUUGUAUCUCACCAUCGUCCAGGGCUCAGCCUCCAGCUCCGCGCUGCUUUGCUUCUUCCACGUGGUGAGGUUCGUGCCUUCCUCCUUCCUCUUCCUUCCCCCCAAAAUAGAAUGGUUUUGCACCCCCAACUCUUCAAGGCUACCCUUUUAUGAGGGGAGAGAGGGUGAGUUAUCUUUCUUGGGAGCCUCCAAGGAAAUGGGUGGCUUCAGCGAAGAAUCCAGAGCUUUACCAUGGCACCCAAAUUUGGAAGCAUGCACUUGUCCCACUUGUGUGGACCCUCUCAAUGUCCUCGUGGGUGAUUUCUGUGGGAUGCUCUUCCUUGGACUAAUACCACAGAUCCUAGGAUUCCAUAGCAUUGAGCCAUGGAAGGGAUGUCAAGCUGCGUUAGAUAGAUCAUGCCCGCUCUCCUCUCUUCACUUGUUAUUGGUUAUUAUCUGUCACAAAGCUUCUUCUCCUUCCCUUUCGAAGCAUGCCGCGCUUUCGGAAUAUCGGCCGAUUCUGUCCAGGGCGACAGACACCCAGCCUCGGACGUCCGUCGCGGAUAAGAAGUUGGUCUUGAUCCCUGUUAUAUUCAUUUUCCUUCGUAUCUGGAGCACCAUCCGGUUCGUGCUGACACUCUGCGGCUCCCCGGCUGUCCAGAACCCGCUGCUGGUGGUCCUCCACGGCAUUGGAAACACCUUCCAAGGUGGCGCCAACUGCAUUAUGUUUGUCUUUUGCACCCGAGUCGUGCGGAACAAGCUCCUUUCUUCCUGGUGUUGUUGGUGGCGCGAAGCCAUGGAGGAUUCCCUGCCAAGCCCAGAAUCCCGUGCCCUUUCCAGGACGUCAUCCCUUAAAGAUUGGGGGGCGCAGGACACUGACCGGGAGCGGGCCGAACUUCCAAGCACCUGAACUCGGCCACAUCUGCAUUGCAACGACAGGUGUGGCCUUACCUGGCUGCUGUUUUGCCUGUAACAGAAAUGCUACCUUUAGAGGGAGCUCGUUCCUUGAGGAUAAAGGAGCCGGAGUUGGGAUCCUUUGCCGACAAACUGUAAAGCCCCUUUUUUCCGAAUUUGGGACUGGCUUCCUCCUUGCUCAGGGCUUUUUGGAUGGGUUUAUGUGGAUGGGGUCCAGCUUCCAUUGUUGGGUUUCUGUUGGCUUGUUUGUUUGUUUCUUCUAGGAAUUUGGGAGAGGGGGGAUUCUGGCAUCUUUUGAUAUAAGGCAUGCAAGAAGAAGUGGAGAUUUUUGGACUCUGGUUCCCAUCAUCCCCAUCAUCUCAGCAUUGGGGGAGGAUGAUGGGAGUUGGAGCUCAACGACAACAAGGAGAUCCACCUGGUUCGUCUGACAAAACUCUUAUAUACCUGAAGCGGAGAGCAUUGAUGUUGGGCUAGAGCUAUGUAUGCGUUUGAUUUUGGCAACUCUCUGUGGAAUAUAUAGUUUUCAGGUACUUGUAUGGAGAAAGAAUACAUUUUAGAAAGGAAAUGAGCCAGGAAUUUGCUACGGAAGUCUCUACGCCAACUGCAAUGACACGAAAAUAUCCUUUUCCUCAGAGCUGGGAUGAUAUUUUGAUAAAAUUCCCUAUCUUGGAGACUAACUUUGAGUUUCAUUCGUAAGUCUGUAUGGUUUUUUUCCCCUAAUCUAUAUAAAUAAAAAUGUAAUCUUC